CACCAACCUCUCUAGGACUUCUCCUGCAGAUCCUUCUGCAUGAUUGCGAGGGGGGAUAAGGAGGGUUGCGGGGGGGAGCAAGGGCCAGGCCAGUCGUCCUCUGGGCUUUGAUGCCCCGAUCUGGCAGUCUGGGACGCUGCUCCGAAUUUGCCCCCAGCGAUUCCGGGGAGGACAGUCAGAGAGCUGGGGACAAGCGGCUGGAGGAGUGUGGAGAGGAGAAGGACCUGGCGGUGCUGGUUGGUGCUCGGCUCAACAGGAGCCGAUGGCGUGCCCAGGUGGCCAAAGGGCCAACGGCAUCCUGGCCUGCGUUGGAAAUGGGGCAUGGAGGAGGAGCUCCAGCAUGGCUGGCGCGAACGAGGAGCGAGCCGCCGGCACGAGGCGGAACAGGAGGAGCGAGGCCGGCCCCGCAGCGGGGCGCGCCUCCAGACCCAUGGACACGAACAGCAAAGUGCGAGUCGCCGUCUGGGACGCGGUGGCCGCCUACGUCCGGGAGCAGCUCGUGGCACACAGGGGGGUCUGGAUUCCCACCUUCGGCUCCUUUGACACCGUCUCCAAAGACGUCUGGACCGAGGACGGGACCGUGACUCUGCGGUGGCCCGUGUUCCACCUGGCCGCCAACCUCAUGGCCACGCACCACCUCAAGGCCCGCAGGGAGCCCCUGCCAGUGCACAGGAAGUUGGAGCCGCUGAGAUACAGCAGAGUGGCCGCAGGCGCCGCCGUGAGCUGGGAGAGCGUGAAGACCGGCAUCCAGAGCACCGUGUCCAUGCUCUCCGGCUGCCUGCGGGACGGGCAGAACGUGGCCGUCGUGCUGAAGGACAUCGGCGUGCUGCUCAUAGACGGGCUGACGUUCCACAUGAGAUUCUACUACAGCUUCCUGGAGCAGCUGUCUGGGAAAGAGGAGCUCAGCAGAGCUGCUCUCAAGGCCCCCUGGCUGCUGAACGCGGUGGUGUCCCCGGCGGCACCGGUGGCCUCCCUGGCGCUCUCCGGCUGCCUCGUCGUCUUUCCCAUGUGUCACAUGGAGUUGGUGCCCAAAGCACCGCCCACAACGCGCCGCAAGGCCUCAGCGAGCCUCUCUGGUCGGGAGAAAACAAAGCAAGACGACGCUUUGCCACCUCUCCCACCUCUCGACCAGGGCAAGACAGUGAGAUUUGCUGCCCGGCCGACCUUCAUCAAGCGGCUGAGCUCGGACAGCAUGGAUGGAGAACGGCUCCGGCGGAUCAGGAGCUUGCUGCUGAAGAAGAGCUCCAAGGCCAGUCUGCUGCCACCGAUCCGGCCGCUGCCCGAAGCCCAGGAGCAGCCGGUGAGCUGCCAGCCGCAGGGGGAGGCAGAAACGUGGAGCCAGGAAGAGCUGCGCCGAGCACCGGGAGGCAAACACGUGAGAUUCCCCGAGGAACUGGAAGCAGGAAAAGCCCAUCGUGCGGGUGCGGCGCGAAUCCUGCCGGUGGCCAAGCACUCGCCCUCUCAGAUCACCUUGAGGACAGCAGCGUUCCAAGGAGGUUCCCGAAGAUCUGCCUCCAGGGCUGCGUUCACAGAGCCGCACGGCAGAGCAUCCAGGCUCCCGCUGACGUGUGACUCGGUGUGGCUCCUCAGGCAGAGGGUGAGGAAGAAGAGGGCGGCGCAGGAAGCGCUGGAGCGGGCGGCAGCAUCAGCGCCUCGUGCGGAGCCCAGGCUGCCCGAGGAGCCUCCCGUCCGCCGCUCUGGAUCGCUGCCGCCCAUACGGGAAGAAACGGAGGCUCCCGAGAGUCAGGCUGCGCAGAGCGAGGCCCCCCCCCACAGGAGGUGCCCCACGCUGGCCAUGCUGAUGCGGGCAUGGUGCGCCCAGUGCAGAGGCCGCAGAACAGAGGCGUGAAUCCCAGCCGCAGCGCAUCUCCGACGCAAGCGGGCUGCCCAGGGCCCCGUCCGACCCGGCCUCCAGGGACGGGGCACCCGCAGCCUCUCUGGGCGUUCGGUUCCCGCAGCUCUGCGCACAGCGAUCCGACCCGACAUCCCAUCUUCCACUCGGCACCACUUCCCUUGGCUGACCAUCAGCCACGCCAUCAGAGCCGACUCCCCUCCCGUCCGCAGGCUCCCUUUCGGGAUGGAAGGCUGCGACGCCGUCACCCCGCAGCCUUCCCUUCUGCAGACCAACCGAGGAGA